AUGGCCGCAGAAAACUCCAAGCCCGCGAUAGUCUUUGUUCCUGGCAUGGCCAGCGUGGGCACCGUCGUCUACAAACCGCUCUGCGAUACCCUAGUUGACCUCGGCUUCCCAGCCGACCAACUCCAUACCAUCAACCACAUCUCCGUGGUAGAAAACCUUUCAAACCCGCCACAACUCGACGGCAACGCCCUGCAGAAGGACACCGAGCAGCUGCGCGGCGUGCUGGAGAACCUAGUCGAGAACGAGCACCGUGAUGUUCUGCUCGUCGCCCACUCCUACGGUGCCACCCCUUCGCUGUACGCCGCGACCGGCUUAUGGAAGCACCAGCGCGCCACGUCGGGAAAGCGAGGGGGUGUCAUACGCGCCGCCCUGAUCGCGAGCUCCCUGACGCUGCCUGGCGGAACCAUCGGUGGGGAGAGGGCAGAGUGGCUGAAAGCCAACAGCCUGCCCGCUGACGAGGGGGCGAAGAUUGAGAUGGUUGGCAAUGAUGCAUACCUUAUUCCCACCGGCUUCGAGAUUAUCUGGAUGAACGACAUCACCGACUCAGCCAUGCGCACGUCGCUACGUCCCGCUGCCCUGAGCACCGUCUUCUCACCCACGCCCGCCGACGAACCCGAGUUGCCCAAGUCCUGGCGCAUCUCGUACCUGAUCCUCGCAGAGCUGGAUCUGGGCCAGCCCGAGGCGUUUCAGCGGUAUCUGAUCGGACGGGCGCGCGAGGCCGGCGCCGAGGUCACGGAGCAGACGCUGAGGUCAGGGCAUUUCGCGCAGGUGAGCCAUGCGAGGGAGGUGGCGCAGUGGCUGUUGGCAUUGGUUUGA